CUGAUAAAUCAAGAAAGAAUUCUGCAUAGGUACCAAAGUCCUCUUGCACAAGUUCACGACACAAUCGUGCUUGGAACGACAUGUUCGAGUGUGGGGUUGAUGUGUAUGAUGUAUAUAUAUAUAGGGAAAAAAAAGAGGAUAUGUCUAAAAAAUUUGUGGUGCGGUCUUCAUGCCGAGUCAGAGGCAGCACCGGGGACUGCUUGCUGUCACCUAACUUACUGCCUAUUGAGCCGGUUUCGUCUCUCUCUCUUUCAUAUUACUUUUCCGUGUCAAAUAGAGCCCUUUGUUCAAAAAUGAUGAUAACACUGGACGACAUGCCGGGCGAAAACAACAAUCGGCCGCGCAUCACUCGCGAGUCUGUGUUCCGUAAUGGAUAUCGUCAAGCCGAUAAAGCU